UCCUGGCCUGCUGACGUCACUUCCUGAUGAAAGACUGAUUCUAAGAUUCAGCAGGUACGAGUGUAUUAUUCUUAUUACAGACAUGAGACUGAAUUUGGUAUUAGCUGUCACUCUGAUGUCCAUCCCCAUGGCACUUGUGCAAGGGGCUGAAAGGAAAAAACUACAGAUUGGAAUCAAGAAAAGAGUGGACAACUGUCCUGUAAAGUCCCGAAAGGGAGACGUGUUGAACAUGCACUACACUGGGAAACUGGAGGAUGGGACAGAAUUUGACAGCAGUAUACCGAGGAAUCAGCCCUUCACCUUCACUCUUGGCACGGGACAGGUCAUCAAGGGCUGGGAUCAGGGUUUGUUGGGGAUGUGUGAGGGUGAGAAGAGGAAGCUGGUUAUUCCCUCUGAGCUUGGUUAUGGCGACAGAGGAGCGCCACCUAAAAUUCCAGGUGGUGCCACACUCAUCUUUGAAGUAGAACUGUUGAGCAUUGAGAGAAGAUCUGAUUUAUAGUGACAGAUUUGUGGGGCUGUCAG